UGGAGGAGAAUGUAUUAUAUUCCACUUGAUAGAACAUUACGAUUGGUGGCCUUAUAUAGACAUUACAAGUGGAGUAAAAUAAUCUCUAGGAAAUAUAAUUUACCUUUCCAAGAAGACCUUUCAUCUUUCCAAUAAAAGUAGAGAAAGAUAAUUUAUGUUCCCUAGGAAGUAAACUAAUUAAGAUUAAUUAAUUAAUCCCAACAUUCGUCCACAAAACAAAACAAAAAAAAAUCUCCCAGACCGUCGAACAGUUUGUUCAGUUGACUGGGCACAUCAAAGGGGCGCCAUGCCUAGGGGGGGAAGAAGAUACGACCGGUCUCUCGGUGAAUGGGAAUUUCUCGGUUGGAGUUCUCGUAUGGCUUCACGCCGUCCGGCGCAUCUGGCGUACGACACAUCUAUAGUCCGGCACAUCAAUCACCUGGAACACUUCGACCGGCUUUCCCUGUUUUCAACGCUUGAGUAUGGGCUUGCUAUCCUAAGGCAGUCGAGACGCCGAUUUCUCAUAUUGGUCAGCAAAAAAUCAGGCCCACUUGGUUUCAGCCCAUACAGCUAAGUACCACCAUGCUUUUGCUUCCCAUUUAAAAUUUUAAAUACUAUUAUUGCUAUUAAUGCAUGUAUCACCAUUAUUAAUUUAGGGAUUAAAAAUUUUUCCAAAUUAAAUAAUGACCGAGCGAAGCUUCUGGUGACAAGUUCACCAUCAUUUUUAAAUUAAAUGAUUGAUUUUAGUGGGGGCCGUUGGCCUACCCCAAUUGGCCUUAAUUGGCGGUCAGAGCAUCUAUGGACCCGCUCAGUAAGGUCGGUUAAUUCAUGGAAAUAUUAACAAACUUGAUGUAGUAUUCUACUAUCAAUUACACAUCACCAUUAUUGGUAGGGAUUAAAAAAUCCCGAAUAAAGUAGUGUCGAAGGACGCUUUAUUAACAAGUCCACCAACACUUUAAUUAACCGUGUGGUUUUAAUGAGUGUAUCGGCCCACCCCGAUCGGUCCAAAUAGGCUGACUAAAAGCGUCUCGCAAAGGCAUUGCUCGAUGACGCAUUUUAAUUUAAAGACCAUUCAUGGUCCCGCCCAGCACUAAAUGCCCGAAUGAGUAUUUUACCCAGUACAGAACGAAGUACGUACUUGGGCGGUGCGCCCGGCGAGCCACUAGGAGGUUCUGAUAGCACCUGGGUAGUGCGAAAAAUGAAUCUAGACCAAGGAUUAUUAUACCACUUCGACCAGUAAUCAUGAGUAUUACGCAUGUGUGUAUAUGCAUGUAUAUGUUGUUCGGCCGUAAGGCCGUGAUGGAUAGUGUACCCGGGGGUAGCUUAUAUGAGGGGUUAUUUAGAGGAAUAACCUAGAGAGAGGCCAGAGAAAUAAGUAAGAGAGAGAGUGUAUUCGAGUAUGAAUGUUUGUUGUUUAUCACAAUGGAAAGUGGCUGAUAUUUAUAGUAGGCAUAAAUGCUAGACAAGGACACGUGUCAAGCAUCUGACGGCCGAGGGUCGCCUCAAUCGGGGCGGCAUUGGCAUUUACAUGUGCACCGCAUUCAAUGCGAUGGUUGGACGUGACGCCACAUUAAAUGCAGUGGUUGAUUGUCUCUAAAAGGAAUCUUCAUUGAGUCUGUUGUAUGGCGAAGGCGUAGGUGUGGACGGUUUUCUGAACCUCUACCGGUCCCGGGGGUGACUCCUAGUCUCGAUUUGUUCUUCUAGAGCUUCAACCUCUGCCAGGGGGGUCAUGCUAAUUCUGAAGGCUUCGCGAAUCUGGAACAUAUCGCCCAGUGGAAGCUUUUUUCUGACGCGCCCUCAUUCCAUAAGGGCUAGAAGGACCGCUUCUGUUACAUCAAGAUGGGGGUGAAUCUGUUUCCCGGGGAGUUGCGGAACCAUUUUAGGCGCCACCCGAAGGUGGGGAGUGCCGCCCUCGAGAAGGAUGGAAGGAAGCUUUCCGCUCUUCCGAAGGGGUCCACAGAGCAUGUUACAAUCAAGGACUCGACCCUCCCGGAGGAUCUGUACAGCCUGGGCUUCCGGGCUACCAUUUCCUGGGGAAAAGGACGAAAAGUACCCUUUCAUUGAUCGUACCUUCGAGAGCGCAGGAGGUGGUUCCCGAAGGCUCUAGCAUUUUGUACUUAGAAAUUUUUGUAGUUUCACUUUUGUUGUCUUGACCCCUCGGUUUAAUUCAUUCUUGUUAUCUUGCAGGUGCUAAUAUGGACGUGAGGAAUUUUGCCGGUUUGAAGAAGAAGCUGGCCAAGGAGCCGAAGAAGAAGGAGACGGGAACCCAAAAGCCCGUCGAUGAAUUCUUCAAGAACGGUGGUGAGCCCUCUUCGGCCAUUCCUCCUAAUGUUGAGGCCGAAGGCAUCGAAGCUGCCGUUGCUGCUGUGAAGAGGAAGGCAGCUGGCAAAAGUGUUGUGCCCACCGGCAAGAAGUCGAAGAGGGGGGAUGCCGGGAAGAAGGCUACCCCCAUCAUCAUCGUGGAGGAGCACUCUUCGUCCGAUCCCCUUGCUGUGGUGGCGACGACUCCUUCCAACAUCCCUUCGGGAAACCUCGGUGGGGGGGACUUGCCCCGGGAGAGUGUACAGUUCUCACUUGUGAAGGGGACUGCCAUCAUGCAUGGCACAGUUGACCCGAGGGAGUUCCUGAAGGGCGGUACCCCCUUGUUGGAUAAGGCUGCCAUGAGUCGUCUUGAGGAUGAAGCCCUUGACUCCAAGAUCCUCCGGUCUUCUCUAACUAUAAGAUCCCUCGUUGUUUAUGUUUCCUUAGUCCUUUGGCCUUAACGUAUUUUGCAUAAUAGUGUAAUCCUUUUGCUUGUUUGCUUAUAGGCUUGCAUCGCCCUCGGCGAACAGAUCCGGAGGGUAGAAGAUAUGCGCCUCCAGAAGGCACAGCAAGACGAGUCUUUGACGAAGCUUGUCAAAGAGAAUGUUGCAGCUGUUAGGGAGAUGGCCAGGCUGGAGGAGGCCCUUCGGCAGGCAAAGGCUGAGGCUGAAAAGGUUAGGACAUAGUCCAGGGCCGAGGGCAUGGCUGAGGCUGAGAAGGUUGUCGCUGAAGCCGCCAAGAAAGCUGCUGAUGAGGCCGAGGCAGCCAAGGGAGAGGCCGUCGCCAAGGCCCGGGAAGAUGUUGUUGUUGCCUUCAUCGCUGAGAGGCCGUCGCCAAGGACCAGAAGCAAUGGUCGGCCUCGGUGUUGGAGGCCUCAGUAGAUGCUUGGGUAGGCGACCCCGGGGCUGAAUGGUUGGCCUGGAAAGGCAAGGACUAUUACGACGGGGGUGAGUUCUUUACUCAAGCCCUCGUCUACAGGAGGCUGGCCCGGCAUUAUGGGGUGUCCCCGAAGGACUUUGAUCCAGCAUCUUAUGGCCUUCCCCCUACAGCUAGACGUUAGAACCCCCCUCCCUUCGGGUGUCGAGAGGCCCGACGUAGAGGAUUCGGUGCUGAUGCAAGAAUGUUAGAGUGCCGCUAAUGUUUGUACUUAGAUGUAUCUUGAACGAUGUCUUGUAAUAACUUCUUAUGUUUCCGGCUUUGGCCAUCA